AUGGUCCUUGACGAAGAGUCUCAAUCCCUUUCACCUCUCCCAGAGGCGCUAAGUCGUGGCCUCGUCGCGGUGUCCAGUUUCGGCUUGCUUUCAUUCUUCUGUUCGACCUCGUUGUUUUUCUACCUCACUUGGCGACUUAUUUCAUGGCAUCGCUACACCGGCACCAAGCAACCCACCAACCAAUUCCUGCUUUUGAUCUACAAUCUUUUGUUUGCAGAUAUUCAACAGGCUUGCGCCUUCUUGCUAAACAUUGGAGCAUUGAGAAAUAAUGCAAUACUUGUUGGAAAGCCGUUAUGUUUUGCUCAGGGCUGGUUUGUCUCAACCGGAGACUUGGCUAGUAGCGUUUUCAUCAGCGCAAUUGCAGUACAUACUUUAUUUGGAGUGACCAAAAACUACCGGCUACCGACAUGGGCCUUUCAUUGUGUGAUCGGGUUAUGUUGGCUCUUCGUGUAUGUGAUGGCAGCUAUUGGACCGAUUCUACAUGGAGAAGACUUCUAUGUUCGAGCAUCGGCUUGGUGCUGGAUAAAUAAGCGCUACUCUGCGGAACGUCUGUGGUAUCACUACUUCUGGAUAUUCAUCGGCAUGUUCAGCACCAUUCUCAUCUAUGGUUUCAUCUAUCUUUGGCUUCGACGGAAGCAACAAGCAGGCAUCAUAUCGAAGACUGCGAUUCGCAACGCCACUCCGCUUAUGAUUCUCUACCCACUUAUUUAUACAAUUUGCACUGCACCGCUCGCUUCCCUACGUAUAUACGCUUUAGCAGGACACUCAGUAUCUCUUGGUUACUUCUGCAUGGCUGGUACUAUGAUAGCCUGUAAUGGCUGGUUAGACGUUCUCCUAUACGCAUCGACCCGCGCCGAUAUCGUCUUCUGUGAUCUUCCACCAGGAGAAUCUACUGGUCUCAAUACAUUCAACUUCAUGGGCCGACACUUGCAAUCAUCUCCCACAAGUCAGCAUUCCAAUAUUGCAGCUAGAAGCAACGCCAACAGUCAAAAUGAGUCUACGCAAGCACUUGGAAGGCAAAGUCGAGACACCCAAGGUUCUGAAAACUUAUAUGGAAUGGGACAAAUUGGCACCAAGGAUAACAUUGCUGUUAGCGUUAAUAGUCUUGUAAACGAUUCUGCUGCAAUCUCUCCCAUGGAAAAUGAUACAAUAACUAGUGCAACUUGGGAUCUUAGACGCGACAAUAGUUUAAAGAGUCUGCAGACUCCUGUUUGA